AUGUUAUUCGGCGUUCUCUUGCUCAUGGAUACUGACGAAGCCCUCCAGUGUGACCAACUCUUCGCCGCAGGACUGCAAGACCUGGUUCUCCUACGCGGGUCUGCCGCUUACGUGGACCGCGAAUCUUCUUACUGGGCGGCCAACAACCCACUGCACCCCAGUUGCAUCGUCCAACCCCGCAACACCGAAGACGUCUCGCGCGUAAUCAAGGUGCUUGCCAAGGCAAACAGCUUAAUUGCCCUUCGCAGUGGUGGCCACACCCAAUGGACGGGCUCCAAUGACAUUCACAAUGGGAUCACCAUAGACUUGGGCCGAAUGACUACUGUAACGUACAACCCCCAAUCUAAGCUUGCCUCAAUCCAACCAGGGCCACGAUGGGGUGACGUCUACGAAGAGCUUCUGGAAUAUGGCGUCUGCGUCCCUGGUGGUCGUGAUGGUAACGUUGGCAUUGGCGGCUUCCUAACUGGAGGUGGUAAUUCGUACUAUGCCGGUCUAUAUGGUUGGGCUACAGACAAUGUAGCCAACUUUGAGGUUGUUCUUGCUGAUGGUUCUGUUAUUGAUGCGAACCCUAAGUCGCACUCCGACCUCUUUAGGGCUCUUAAGGGAGGAUCUGGAAACUUUGGCAUCGUGACCCGCUUUGAUAUGUAUACCUUUCCAGCACAUGAUGUCUGGGGUGGUAUACGCGCCGCGGUCAGGGGCAAAGGGGACGAACUUGCACAAGCUAUGGUCGAUUUUACGAACAACAAUAAGAAGAACCCGGAAGACGCAUAUAUCAUCAACUACACCUUCAAUCCUAGCUCCUCAUCGGACGCUCUGGUCGCUCACGUUGUGGUCGAUACCCAUGGAGUCGUCAAUGCACCAGCAUUUGAGCAGAUUUUGAAGAUACCAGUCAUUAUGGACGACGUCAAGACGAGAACCAUGGCAAAUAUGGCAAACAGUUACCUGCUUCCUAGUGAUGAGCAGCAAGUCUGGUUUACCCUCACGUUCAGAAAUGAUGUGAGAGUCAUCAAAAAAGCGGGUUUACUGCAUGACGAACUGGUUGAGGAACUCAAACGUGAGAUGCCAGCAGGAAAUUACACGACCCAGUGUCUUUUUCAACCCGUUCCCACCCUUUUCACGGAACACUCGAUUCAACGUGGAGGCAAUGUACUCGGGCUCGACAACGUCAAGGAAAAUGCGCUGAUGUGGCUAAUCACUGGCUCCUCGGAAACUGCUGAGCAACAAAAGAUCAUGCGGGAGAAGCUGACAACGUUUUACACUACCUUGGACGCAUAUGCGAAAUCACUAGGUCUCAAUAUCGCCUGGCAGUAUCUGAAUUACGUGGAUCAGACACAGGACCCACUCAAGAGCUACGGUCAGCAAAAUGUUGACUUCAUUUGCAAGGUUUCGAAGAAAUACGAUCCGUCCCAAGUUUUUCAGAGCAAGGUAGUGUCGGGUUGGAAAAUUUCGAAUGUCGGCACAUGA